CCAAAUGUUACCAAGUUUAAAAUUUUCAAACCUGACAAAGUUAUAAAGAGAACCAUGCCUUCAUUUAACAGGUAAACUCUAGCAUGCCACACCGGAUCACAUUACAGUUAAAGUGGCAUUAGUGCCUGUUUUAGUUGGAUACACCGCUUAAAGUUACGAGCCGAGUUCCAAACUGGACUUCCUUGCAUUAAGACUAUUUCAUUAUCUGCAGGUUUUUUUUUUUAAAUCUCAUUACUAUAAAUAUGCACGGAUGAUUAACAUUUUUUUUUUAUUACAAUGAUCUAUUAUGCUUUAAUUCAAUCCCAAUUUAAUCUAACACUAAUUUCUGUUAGAGAAAGACGAGUCUGUAUAUAUCGGGUUUUUCUUGUAAUUAUAUUAUUAUAUGUAAUGAUAUCAGUCAUGUGAUACCGGUCUAUAAACAUAAAACCUUAGAUUAUAUAGGUAAAGUGUCUUCAUACAAAUGAUUCGAGAAAAACAGAUCAACUUUUUCAUACAAUUUUGCGUGAUAAAUAGUUAUGAGUGAUUCCUUUAUAACUUCUAUAUUUAUAUCGUCUUAUAAAUUCUGCACCUUUUUAAUGUGCAAAAACUCAUUUUAUUUAUCAAAUAUAUACAUACAUACAUGAAGAUGCAAUUACAAAAAAAAGGAGUGAUUUGGGCGUAAUUUGAUAAUUAACUGAGCAAAAAAUUAACCGGUUUUUGAGGCUCGAUGCUCUAUCUACCUAUAUAUAAUCAAAGCAUAAAACGUAUAUCUUAAAUCUACUUAGGAGGAAACAUCAAAUUGAACUCGACGAUAGUUUACAAACAUCAAGAGUUUUUAAAUAAAACUGAUAAAUUAGAUAACAUAUUAUCUGUUUUAUAUAAAGACGUGUACGUGCUUAAAUUUCUAGCAGUCGUAUACAAGACAUCUGAUAAGGACCGUGUGACAAACAAGAUGGCAACCGAGAGUUUACGCAAAUUAAUAGAAGACAUUGCUAAAGAGAACAAAUAUGGAAAUCCUGAUAUAAUUGUCAAGCCAAUGUCGACCGAUGGUGCUAAUUAUUCGUCAGCCCUAUUCACGAUCACUGUAUCCGAGUCUGGCAAGGAAGAUCUUCAUCUGUUCGCUAAAGUUAUCAUCAUUAAUGAGACAAUCCGUUCGCAAAUGCCAGCAGGAGUUUUUGACGUUGAGAGAAUAAUUUAUGUUAAUCUUUUAAGAAAAUAUAAAGAUAUAGAAAUUGCGCAUGAUGUUCCGCUUACGAAGAGAUUAAAUAUACCAAAAUACUACGGUUGCAACCCGAAAAUAUUUGAAGAAACUAUAGUUCUUGAAAAUCUGGGUGUAAAAGGUUACACUACGUAUGACAGAUUUAAGUCUAUAGACUGGGAUUACGCCGCGAAGUCUGUGGAGUCGUUAGCAAAAUUUCAUGCAUUAUCUAUAGCAUACAGAGAAAACUACCCAGAAGAAUUUAAGCAGUUUGUAAAUAAUAUAAAAUUUCAAAAGGAUAUGUACGCAGGAGUUCUACAACAGUUAUACGAGCAACGUAUAAAGACUACUUUAUCUGUAACAAACGAGAAACAUAAAGAUAAACUACAAAAAUAUCUGGAAACACAAUUGAAUUUGGAAACUAUACUAAAGUUUAGUGAGACGCCAGAAAGACCCGUCCUCUGCCACGGAGACUACAGACCGAGUAACUUAAUGCAUAGAUAUACCGAGGAUGGCACUCUUGAGGUGAUACCGGUUGACUUCCAAACGAUACAAUGCAGUGCUUCUCCACUGACAGACCUGUUGUACUUCAUCUUCACGGGAUCUGACGAGAAGUUUCGGCGGGAGCACUUCCAAGACCUCAUCGAUCACUAUUACCAAGAGCUUAGCAGUGCCUUACAAUAUUUGAAGCUUGAGCCUGAUGUAAUUUAUUCAAAGAAGACUUUCGAACAUGAUUUAAAGGAGUUUCUACCAUUCGGCCUCUUCAUUGCCAUCUUCAGUCUCCCUAUCGUCACCGUGGAGGUAGACGAUGCUCCGUCCAUGCAGGGCGAUGGUGGCUUCGAAAUUUUCACUUCGGCCAAAACCGGCUCCCUGUACCCAGAGAGAAUGAACGGCGUCAUCAAUGACUACUUCAGAUGGGGCAUCAUCGAAUAAAAAAGCCAUAGUUUUACAAAACACCAUAAAAAUGUACAUAAUUGUAGAUAUUAAUAUAAUAAGUGUAGUAAAAAAGCUAUCUGCUGGAAAAGACGUAAAGAAUUUAAUUAAAAAAUAAAUAAAU